AUGCAUAACCAGAAACAAACGCAACAACUCUCGUACACAAAAUGUUCGAUGCAGGACUCCGAAUGUUUGACAAGUGAAGGUCAAAAGUUUGUUAGGACGUUUGUAAAUGGAAUCCCCGAAUCUCACGUAGAGAAACUGGACGAAAUGUUUAUAGAAACAAUUGAAAUCAAUACAGAUGCUGUCGAUCAUGAACUGCAGAACGUAAAAAUAACAGGUCUGAAGGACGCCAAAAUCAACGAUAUUAGCUUCGAUAAUAAUUUCAAGCUAAUGCGUGUAUCCUUUGACGCAAAUUUAACGACAAACUCCGAAUACACACUGGACGGAGUUUUGUUCAGACAGCCAAUCAGUGGUACGGGGACAACGACAUAUCAUAUUAAAAAUAUUCAAGUAGACAUGCUUAUUUUAUAUGAUAUAAUUGAAACUGAAAAUGGUAAACAUAGAAUGAAAGUGAGACGUUACCGCUCUGGAUUUACCGUCAAAACUGGAGUAGAUUACGAAUACAGAAACUUGUUCAAUGGAGACAAGAAAAAGAACGAAGCAGUCCACGACAUUCUCAAUAAGAACUGGGUCACAAUAACGAGCUUGUUCGGAAAUAAAUUUUAUUACAAAAUUUUCGAUAAUAUCUUCGACGCAAUAAAAGCGUUUACACGUUCUUACGAUUUGGAAGAUUUGUUUUUGUAUCCAUAAGUAUUUGUUUACGAAAUAAAUGGACAAGAAACUUUUUUUUAACCAAGAUUC